UCUCAGUUUAGAUUAAACCAACCAAAUAUGAGGUGUACAAUACAGUGUUUAUUUUACAAAUUAUUUAGCAAAAUGACACAGAAAAAACCAGAAACAAAAAAUAUGCAGGACAUAAAUCAUAACCCAUAAAAAUGGGUUAUUUUCAACUGGUUGGGUCAAAAGGGACAAACCCAACCGUUGGGCUAAUAAAUGAUGUUUUAUUAACAAAGUUCGGGAGAAGCCGGAGCAUAUAAUUAACACCGGCUGGUUAACCAGCACAUAAAUAGACCAGGAAUCCUACCUGAAACCAUCUCUAAAGGAUUAAACAUCCCUCCACCUCCCCGGCUCCUCUCCCCGAACUUGAAUAUCUAGCAGGAUUCCGGGGGGUGAGUUCUUGGUUCGGCCGUUUCCGAGCUCGGCGCACUCGCCCCUAUUGGGGGGAGAGAGAGCGUACCGGGUUCGGAAGGAACCGGCGAGCUCGGAGCCCGCUCCCCGGACAGCACGCCAAAUACGCACUACCCCUGCUAUUUUUAUUAUCUGCACAGGUGAACUCGUGAAUGUGAUGGGUUGUUUCAACCCAUGGUUGGGUCAGAUAUGAACAUUUUCUGGGUUCAUUUGAGCCAGUGGUUAGGUUCGUCCCCUUCUGGCCAAACUGUGGGUUGAAAAUAACCUAGUGUCAUUUUAUCCAUUAUUAUCAAUAUUUAUUAAAAAGUCAAUCCUGAUCUCACAGUUAUUCGUAACUAUUUUACGAAGUGGCUUUUUUUGUAUGAAUUAAAACGUUGUGAAUCGUACAAAAACGUACGAUUAUUACAAAAAGGUGAAACUGAGACCACACCGCUAGCCACGCUCCUAAACCUAAAGUCCUUGCCGCGAAAGCAAAUCGUACAAAAAUGUAGGAAUGAGCUAAUUUUAAUACAAAUUAGCCACAUCAUAAAAUAGUUACGUUUUGCCGUGAGAUUGUGUUGGUUUGACUCAAGCCAGCCUAGGUUGGAUUUUUUUGCCAGACCAAACAUUCUUCCUGAAGACACUCCAAGCAAUUUACCAACCAACUUACAACAUGCGUAUAAAAUAUAUCUUUAAGAUUCGCUCCAAAAUUUCUGUUUAUUCUGCAUUCUUCUCUGAUGGAAGUGUCUUUUCAAACUCUUGGAAUAUAACACACGUUGGUCUCAAUAUUGCACUCAUAGGAAGAAAUACCAUUACAGGGCUCAACAUAAGUAAUGACUGUCAUAAAUUUGGUAUUACCAGAAUUACAGUCAUGAUAAAUGACAAACAAAAGUGAGACGAAGACUUAUCAAUACUUCAAUGAAUUCUAAAACUCUUUUACGUGGACAGCUAAACAGAUAUUCAUUAAACUUAUCAGAUAUUGUGGGAAUAUUUUUUAGAUAAAAGUAUGACUUAAAUAUCAAUAUAAUCAAUAAGUGUUUUCUUUCAUUUGUUUCAUUAAGCUGUGUGUUUUGGUCAUGUGCUUUCUAUUUCACUCAGUAGAAAGUUACUGGGGCAAACAAAGAAAACAGAGAAAGUUGGGGGUUGGAGUCGUAAAUUAUCUAGAUAAACACACACACAUAUAAAGAGUCACAAAGAAAAAUAAAUGUUAUGAAUCAAUCCAUUGCAUAUGUUCUAAGUAUAAUCAUGAGUUGUGAUGUGUUUUAAUGAAUCAUAGGAUUAAGAAACAACGCUAUAUAAUUAAAAACAUUAGAUGAUUGAGUGUUUUCUUUUUACUAAAAGAAUGUUAAGAAUGUUGGUAUGUUGUCCGGCCACAAUAAACUGUUUCUAGGAGACCACUCCCCAAAAGAAACUGUCCUGGAGAACAUUCCUCAGGACUGGCGACUGACCACAGGAUAUACGUUUUGAAAUGUUAUUUUACAGGAACUAAGAAAAAGGACUUCACGGUGAUUGGUGGAAAGGGAGCAGCACUCCUUAAAAGGCAGAGGAGGAGUCAGAAGAUACGAGCGACGUCACAUACUUAAUAAAUAUGGGUGUUUUUGAAUAUUUUGUGUUGUUGGCUUGUGGUGGAGUGAGGAGAUCGUCUGACAACCCAAAGCUUUGUUACCUUUUUACAUCUGAUAAUAAAACUUCUGUUUAAUUUUGGAGAACGUCUCUGUGCAAAUUUUUGAGCAUGCAGGACUGCCUUUAAAGUCCAACAAAUGGUGACCCCGAGACGUGAUUUGACGAGACGUGAUUUGAUGAGAGACGAAGGCAUUUUCUGCCAAUUUCGUUCGGAACGGAUUCAGAUUCAACACACAGGUCGACCUAAAAAUAAAAGGUAAGCAGAAGCCUGUUUAUUCAAAAUUCUGCUAUUGAAUAUACCUAAAUUGCUGUGUUGAAUUUGAUGAACAUUCCGAGUAAGUACAAGUAAAUUAUAAAAAAGAAGUUUGAGAAAUCAGAUUUAAAAAGGCCAGGGUAUUGUAAAUCCCUCAUGAGUCUGGGACUCAUAAAUUGCGUUGUGGUAUUCGCGUCUGGGACGAAAAAGGCUAGGGUGAAAUAAAUCCCUUUGAGUUUGGAACUCAUAAACUGCGUUGUGGUAAUCGCGUCUGGGACGAAAAAGGCUAGGGUGAAAUAAAUCCCUUUGAGUUUGGAACUCAUAAACUGCGUUGUGGUAAUCGCGUCUGGGACGAAAAAGGCUAGGGUGAAAUAAAUCCCUUUGAGUUUGGAACUCAUAAACUGCGUUGUGGUAAUCGCGUCUGGGACGAAAAAGGCUAGGGUGAAAUAAAUCCCUUUGAGUUUGGAACUCAUAAACUGCGUUGUGGUAAUCGCGUCUGGGACGAAAAAGGCUAGGGUGAAAUAAAUCCCUUUGAGUUUGGAACUCAUAAACUGCGUUGUGGUAAUCGCGUCUGGGACGAAAAAGGCUAGGGUGAAAUAAAUCCCUUUGAGUUUGGAACUCAUAAACUGCGUUGUGGUAAUCGCGUCUGGGACGAAAAAGGCUAGGGUGAAAUAAAUCCCUUUGAGUUUGGAACUCAUAAACUGCGUUGUGGUAAUCGCGUCUGGGACGAAAAAGGCUAGGGUGAAAUAAAUCCCUUUGAGUUUGGAACUCAUAAAUUGCGUUGUGGUAAUCGCGUCUGGGACGAAAAAGGCUAGGGUGAAAUAAAUCCCUUUGAGUUUGGAACUCAUAAACUGCGUUGUGGUAAUCGCGUCUGGGACGAAAAAGGCUAGGGUGAAAUAAAUCCCUUUGAGUCGGCGAACUCAUAAAAGAAUAUUUAAAAGUGAAAAUUGCGUUGUGGUAAUCGCGUCUGGGACGAAAAAGGCUAGGGUGAAAUAAAUCCCUUUGAGUUGGCGAACUCAUAAAAGAAUAUUCCAAAAUUGUCUGUUAUAUGUUUGAAUGUUUGAAAAAGUGAAUGCAAUUGUUGAUGUGAAAAUUAAUGUGAAAACUGAUUUAACCGUGUGAAAAUAGAUACUGUAUAAUUUUUGCAAACUGUGAAUAGAAUUUGUGUAUAAAAUGGCUGAAUUUCAGAAAGAAUGCGAUGAAUAUGGGUGUCCGCCAGUAAUGGUGCAGUGGCAAAAUGUUACAAAUAUGCUUUUAGCACAGACAGAACCAAAAGAUAGAAAGCAAAGACAGAAAGAAAUUGAUAAGUGUUGGGUAGCAUUGUGUGAUGAUUGUGGGUGGGAAAAUGCAGAAGAAGUGAGAAUGCCUCUAGCACCGAAAGUUAGAGAAAUGGAAAAGAAAGCACAUAGUAAGUUACGGAGACAUAUUGAAGAGAAAGAUAAGGUUAAGUGGUAUAAUGCAGGAAAAAAGAAAUUAAGGAUGUGGACUAGAGUAGCGUUAACAACCACAGCACUCAGCUCACAGAAACCACAGAGUAGAGAGAGAACACAGGAAGUGAACAACUCAGCAGCCAGAAUGAGAAAUGGAGAGAAUACAGGAAGCACCAAGACUAUCCUCUGCUCCGCCCCCAGAAAAGACCAACCCACUUCAUUAUACCCAACCCUAAGCAACCCCCCUUCAUACGAACAGCACAAACAGCAGGUAUUGAUGACAAUAAAUGGGGGAGAAAUGGAUGUUGCAGUAGGAGAAAUGACUGGUGAAAUAGACAGGAUACGCAAGGAAUUUGAUGAAUUAAAAACUGCAGUGAACAAGGGUGUGGAAGACACAUUAGUAAAAGCACGACGAGUUAUGGAAGAAGUAGAGAGAACAAGACAUGAACAGGAAGAGUCUGAGAAGGGUGACAAUGAGAAUACUGAAGAAGACAUUAUAUUUGCAAAACCAAUAAAUACAUCCACCCCUAAUCCACAAGCAGGGACCGAUAUGCUAACAGGGCCAAUACCAGUUCAAUUUGCAGGGAAAAUGACACUGGGUGAGCCAAUAGCCCAUAGGUUAAGGAGCAGGAAACAGCCAGGGCACCCAGACCAUGAGGAAGAGAAGGAGGAAAGGGAACAUUACCUGAACUAUGACCCAAGUCGUCAACUACAGGUACCUCAAAUGCAAGCACCAUUAAUACACAGACCAGGAGGGAAUUCACAGUACCAACCUUGGUCACACAGUGACAUGACAGCAAUAGCGAGUAAAUUGCCACCCAUUACCUCAGGAGGCAGCAGAUGGUUGAGUAAGCUGACAGCACUCAGCCAUGGCACUGAUUUGGCUUUGGGUGAUUUGAGAUGCCUGUUGGGUCAGAUACUGACAGCCUCACAAAUGCAAAAUUUAGAGCUCGAUGCAAAUACUAUGUAUGUUGCAAAUGAGAUACCAUUUACCAGAGUAAGUACUGUUGUAAGCCAAACUCUUCGUCGACUAUAUCCUGUGCCACCAACGGUGUACCAGAAUAUAAAAUUCCGCAUUAAGCCAGGUGAGACUGGAGCGGCUUAUUAUUUCCGUUGUGCUGCUGAGUGGGAACAAAUGGUGGAGGAAAACAGUUUAAACAACCCUGUGACACGAGACAUAUUUAGAGCAGCAGUAAUGACAGGAGCUCCAAAUGGAGUAAAACAAGCAAUGGAGAAUAACCCAGAUAUCCCAGUGGCAAGUAACGAGGUAUGGGAAAGACAUUUAGUGCACCACACAGACAGAGCAGUGGAAAGAGCCAAUAAAGAGGAAGAGGAACUAGAAAGAGUUAAAACCCAGUUGUUAAAAUUGCAAUUAGAAAAAGCCAAAAGUGAAGGGACAACCAAAAAGGCCAAGCAAAUGCCACAACAUACUCCCAAUGCACCCCAACCCAUAGACCCAUAUCAAGGACCCCCUUACAGUGGUUCUCCUUUUGGAGGACCGACACACCACCAUCCAUAUAGCAACCCACAUUAUGCCCAAGGACCAAACCGUAGGCAGGGACCCCCCUGGAGAGGAAAUGGACGAGGGCAGCCGGAAAGAGGGAGGGGAGGGUUUGAGAGGGACCAGUGUUUUGAGUGUGGUGGGUAUGGACAUUGGGCGAGAAAUUGUCCACAAAAAUCAGCACAGAGUCAAGGCCAGAGUAACGGUCCACCUGCGGGGGGAUGGGGUCCCCGAAGAGGUGGCGCCGGUGGUCGUGGCAGGGGACCACAAACCCCACACAACCCGGGGCAACACUUCCCGUCACCUUCCAACCUACAGGCGCCUGUGCACCCAACAUGGGGCCCGGAGGGUGGGGCGGAGGGAUGUUGAAGGGGCCCACAGAGAACCACCAUGAGAGGAAUGGCUGAACCUCUCAUGGAAAUAGUGGUAAGUGAUCAACCACUAAAGGCUCUGGUGGAUACCGGGGCCACAUACUCUACUGUAACAAAGGGCACGAUUGACAAUAGCGAUCUGACAAAUCGCACAGUAGGAGUAAUAGGGUUCUCUGGUGAGGUAGAAAAAUGGCCUAUGACAAAAUUGCUGAAAGUAAAAAUUGACAAACAAAUAUUGACACACUCAUUCCUGUACUCUUGUAAUGCUCCCAUCCCCCUUUUAGGCAGAGAUCUAUUAAUCAAAUUAGGAGCCAGCAUUUUAUGUUCACCCGAGGGAGUGAUAGUGAAAUUUCCAGAUGGUUCAGAAACAAAUUGUUCUCUUUCAGGUCACACCACAGACAGUCAGUGGAUGUUAACAUCGUGUGGUGAGUUAGAAGAUGCUGAUAUAUAUUGGGUUGAGCUAGAUUCCAGUGUAGCCACUAAUAGUAUUGUAUCUAGGUAUAAUGAACAUCGCCAAUGGAUAACAAAUAUAGAUAUUUUUCUGCCACCAAUAGACCCCUUACAUUGCACAUUGUUUUAUGACAGGGAUGACACCACACAAUACCAAGAUCUAUUUCAGGAAAUAGAAGACAGCAAAUGGGUGAUAAGGGGAUCUGGUCUCAUGAUAGGAAAAGAGGGAGUAGUGACACCAAUUUUACUGACAGAAGAGCAGAUGAAAUGGUAUGAAAUGUCUGAUACAGCUGCACCACACGUCUCUGUAGCAUUACAUCCGAAACAUGAAGCUAGGGAGCUAGGCAACAUGACUAAGAGGCUGUUGGCAGCUAAUGAUUGGAAACCCACAGAAACUUGGGGUAUCCUGUAUUCCGAGACACAAAAAGCAUAUUGGGUGCAAGACCAAACAGAAGACACAGGGGUGUUGACACAUAAACAGAUCUCUAGAAGCCAUGGUAGGGAGCAGACAGACGCUGACGGAGCAGAAAAAAUGAUUGACACAUUGCCAGAUAAUCUAUGGUCUCAAGGACCAACAGAUGUAGGGUUUUGUAACAUCAAACCUGUUAGCUUUAAAUUAACCACCACCACACCUAUUUGGGUCCCUCAGUACCGCAACAAACCAGAAGCAGAAGAAGGUGUAGCCACCACUGUUUCUGGACUGAUUGACAAGGGAGUGAUAACCCCUUAUAGGUCUAAUUGGAACACACCAAUUUUUCCUGUGCCAAAACCAGGCACUAACAAAUACAGAUUGGUACAUGAUUUACGAAACAUCAACUCCAUUGUAGCAACACCUACAAUGACAGUGCCAAACCCAUAUAUUGCGCUGUCCACAUUGACACCAGCGCACCAAUGGUUUACAUGCAUCGAUUUGGCAAACGCUUUCUUCUGUAUUCCAAUCGCAGAGGAUUGCAAAGCAUGUUUGGCUUUUACAUACAGGGGAUGCCAGUAUUCUUACAACAGACUACCACAAGGGUUUAUUUUGUCACCAGGAAUUUUUAAUCAUGUUUUAAAACAACAGCUACAGGACUGUAGCUUACCUGAGAACUGUGUCAUGAUCAUGUAUGUUGACGACCUACUCUUGGCAGCCACAACUGAAAAGGCGUGCUUGGAGGCUACCAGAGUUGUGUUGCUUCAGUUGCACAAGUCUGGUUUCAAGGUAAGCAAGGACAAACUGCAGGUGUGCAGACCUUGUGUUACAUUUUUAGGUCGACUGAUCACGGCACAGGGAUCAACUUUGACAGGGACACAAAGACAGGGUAUACUCAGCCAUCCUAAGCCAACCACAGUGAAAGACAUGUUGUCAUUUUUAGGCCUCACAGGAUUCAGUAGGCACUAUAUCCCUAUGUAUGUUUCACUGACCACACCACUCAGACAGUUGAUCAAAGAGCAUGGCAUGAAAAAUCUGAAAGCAGAACUUCAGUGGACACAAGAGGCUGAACGGACGUUCAUUGACCUCAAGACACAGCUAGCUCAUGCCGCACACCUGAAUUGUGCCAAUUAUGAGUUACCUUUUUUCCUGGAUGCCUCAGAAUCUGGCUCCAGCGCACAUGGUGUCCUGUUUCAGAAAGACCAGGGCAGAAGAAAAGUGUUGAUGUAUGCGAGUGUGUUGUUAGACUGUGUAGAACAAAGACAACCACUUUGUUCUCGAUUUGCAGCGGGUUUAGCUAAAGUUGUGCAUAAAACAUCACACAUUGUAAUGGGCCACCCACUGACAAUACUCACCACACACUCCAUCAUGUCAUUCGUAAAUUCAGCAUCAUUCACAUUUUCACCACUGAGACAGAGAAGAAUAGCUAAGAUUUUGACCAGUCCCAAUUUCACAUACACACAUAAAGGCAUUAAUAUGGCUGAUCUGAUGGGAGAUGGACAGCCACACGAUUGUGCACCCAUCACCGAGAGAGCAUCCAAAGUAAGAGAAGAUCUGUCUGCGGUGCCAUUGACAACCCCACCGCCAGUUAUGACAUUGUUCACAGAUGGUUGUUGUUUCAGAGCAGAGGAUGGGAGCCUGAAGGCAGCAUAUGCAGUAGUUGAACAAGUGGGAAGCUCAUUAGUGACAAGGAAUGCAGGGAAGUUAGAAGGAAAACAGUCAGCACAGAGAGCAGAGAUGAUAGCAGUGACAAGAGCCCUGUACUACGCUGGUGAGACCCGUGUGAACAUAUAUUCCGAUUCAGCAUAUGUUGUAACAGCUGUCCACGUGGAAUUGCCCUUAUGGCAGAGGUGUGGUUUUAUCACAUCCUCAGGUCGACCAAUCAAGCAUGCAUGCGAAGCCAGAGACCUUUUAGAGGCUCUGAUGAUACCCAAAGAGGUAGCAGUUAUUAAAUGUCCAGGACAUUCCAAAAAUGAUUCCCCUAUCACUGAUGGUAACAAUGCAGCUGAUCUAGCUGCCAAAACUGAAGCUGGCUAUGUUGCAACUCAGCAGGUGGUAAGAUCAGAUAGAGCCUGUAGUGAUCUUUUGCCUCGUUUCACUCGAGAAUAUUUGGUCAAAGAACAACAGAAAUCUGCCCCUGAAGAACAAUCAGUCUGGUCACAGCAUGGAGGCAUCUGUGCUAGUGAUGGUCUAUGGCAAGCGCCAGACGGACGUCCGGCAUUGCCUGUCUCUCUGACCGGUUCAAUGUUAACACAAGCCCAUGGGGUAAGCCAUGUCAGUGACAAACAAAUGAUGAGAGCUCUCGAACAUUGGUGGCAUCCAUUUUUGCAAUCCAUGGUGUCAGGUCAUGUGACGAGUUGUUGUAUCUGUCAGGAACACAAUGUAAAACCUAGCAUCAAACCCAAACGGGGGUGUUUCCCUUUGACAUCUGGUCCAGGGGAAGAAAUUGUGAUUGACUUCACAGACAUGAUUACACGAGUACAUGGCAAACGCUAUGUUUUGGUGAUUGUUGAUUAUUUCACUGGUUGGCCAGAAGCAUAUCCUGUCGGCCGAGAGGACAGUACGGCCGUGAUAAAGUGUCUAAUCAACCAUUACAUUCCACAUUAUGGGUUCCCACGACGUAUCAGAUCUGACAAUGCCACCCAUUUUAAAAAUGAACAUUUGAAAAUUGUUGAACAGGCUCUAGGCCUAACACAUGCGUAUGGUGCAGUUUACCAUGCGGCCAGCCAAGGUAAGGUUGAACGUUUAAACCUGACAAUUAAACUAAAAUUGGCUAAAAUCUGUGCACAGACUAAAUUGAACUGGCUGUCAGCUUUACCCAUUGCUCUCAUGUCUAUUCGUUCUUCUGUCAACAGGAUCUCAGGCUUUACACCUUUUGAAUUGCUUACAGGUCGUCAAUUUCCAGGACCAACCACGGCGUUGAGAGAGGACACAGUGCAGCCAUUGUCACAUACUGUGUAUUUUGAUAAACUAACAGCUCUGAUUCGAACCUUUUCCCAUCAGGUGACUCCUGUACCAGCGCAACCCGAGGAACUGCCAUCACCAGUCACAACAGACUGGGUCAGGAUCAGAAAAUUCCGCAGAAAGUGGAAUGAACCACGGUGGUCUCAACCUAUACGUGUGACAGCUCGCACCUCACAUUGUGUGCAACUCCAAGGCAAAGGAGACACUUGGUUCCAUUUAACAUCCUGUGUAGCUUGUGACCCCCCUUCUAGGUCUCUUGCUGACACUGGUUUGGACCUGAGGACUCAGGUCCAAGAGAGGGAGGAUACACAGAGUGGGAACGGUAACACAGACACUGAAAUUGCUAUUGAACAACACCAACAGCUCCAAAUUAUACACAAAACAGGUGACAUUUUCACAAGUCCACACACAGAACCAUUGGCUCACUGUGUAAGUGCUGACUGUGCAUACGGAGCAGGUAUAGCUAAACAGUUCAAACAACGAUACGGUACACAGAAAGUAAUUGAUCAAAAUAAACAACCAGGUGAAUGUGCAGUGACUAAAGAAGAAGACGGCAGAAUUAUUUUUCACCUAAUAACCAAAGAACAAUACACUGAUUUACCAACAUAUGACUGUUUCACAGAAAGCCUAAAACACAUGAGAGAUUGGUGUGUGGAUAACAGAGUAAAAACAGUCUCAGUACCCCGGCUGGGGUGUGGUCUAGAUAAACUAGACUUCAAGAAAGUACAAAAGAUUCUGAGUGAAGUGUUCACGGACGUGGACAUACAAAUAACCAUUUAUUCCUUAUAAUCAAGUUUUCAUUAUUGUGUGAUUUUGAGUGUUUUUCAAUGUUUUUCAAUUUUCAGGUUUAACAGUGUAUUUUUAAGAAGUGUUUUCUUACAGGUUUUAAGGUAUUAAGUUUUUAAGAAGUGUUGAUGUUGUAAAGAUAACAAGAUAUUACUAGAGAGGGUGAAUAUAACAGCAACAAAAUGAAACUGUGGGAAAAUUGGAAGUUGUUGUGUGUUAGGGAUAAUUGCAGGGACCAUCGUAGGGAUAAUUUUUGGAAUACAAAAAAGUAAGGAAGGUAAUAGCACCACACCGCGAACUAUACAUAGAAGGUCAAUAACAUCAACAGACAAGUGCUUACUGAAAUAUGGAGGAAUAGAGAUAGAAUACACAAAAGGGAGUAGCACAUCAUAUACAUUUGAUUUAGGAUUUUGUGUGACCUCUUUCGAGGUCAAGAGAGGGAAUUGUGGGAAUAUUUUUUAGAUAAAAGUAUGAUUUAAAUAUCAAUAUAAUCAAUAAGUGUUUUCUUUCAUUUGUUUCAUUAAGCUGUGUGUUUUGGUCAUGUGCUUUCUAUUUCACUCAGUGGAAAGUUACUGGGGCAAACAAAGAAAACAGAGAAAGUUGGGGGUUGGAGUCGUAAAUUAUCUAGAUAAACACACACACAUAUAAAGAGUCACAAAGAAAAAUAAAUGUUAUGAAUCAAUCCACUGCAUAUGUUCUAAGUAUAAUCAUGAGUUGUGAUGUGUUUUAAUGAAUCAUAGGAUUAAGAAACAACGCUAUAUAAUUAAAAACAUUAGAUGAUUAAGUGUUUUCUUUUUACUAAAAGAAUGUUAAGAAUGUUGGUAUGUUGUCCGGCCACAGGGAACUGUUUUUAGGAGACCGCUCCCCAAAAAGAAACUGUCCUGGAGAACAUUCCUCAGGACUGGCGAUUGACCACAGGAUAUACGUUUUGAAAUGUUAUUUUACAGGAACUAAGAAAAAGGACUUCACGGUGAUUGGUGGAAAGGGAGCAAAAAGCAGAGGAGGAGUCAGAAGAUACGAGCGACGUCACAUACUUUAUAAAUAUGGGUGUAUUUGAAUAUUUUGGGUUGUUGGUUUUUCGGAGGUCGUCUGACAACCCAAAGCUUUGUUACUCCUUUUUACAUCUGAUAAUAAACUUCUAAUCGAUUUUGAAGAACGUCUCAGUACAAAUUUUUGAACAUGCAGGACUGCCUU